UAUGAGCCAAGAUUAAAUCAAUUAUGAGCCAAGAUUUUGUCUGUCAGUGCACAAUGGGGGUCUAGAGUGUCUAGCAUUAACUACAGAUGCCAGGCACGUAGCCACACACAUCCGCACUUGGCCCGAAGCUCAAGAACACACAACAGUCAACAGAGGCAGUCAAAGUCGCCGUCGUUGUCCGAGAGUAUCCAUCGCAGCCAACGUAUCGUUGUCCGUCAGUCAGUCAUUAAGGCUAAACAAAGUUCAAAUACCCGUCGUCACUGCUGCUGAGGCAGACGCAGAACUCGGAUCGGAUCAGAUCGGAUCGGAUGGUUGGAUGGAUGGCUAAGAGAGGCUAAGAGGCAGACAGACAGAGACACAAUCACUGACAUUUCGUUUGUUACCUUUUUGGCCAAAGUGGUUAACACAUUUGUAUGAGCCCGGCUUGACUUGGCUUCACCUUUUCUUGCCUGCCUCUGUGUGUGUGUGUGUGUGGAAGAGCGGAGUCUAAGAGCGGGCAGAGACCAACCGUUGAGGAGUUGGCUCAGAUGCUUGUUACCUGUUCAGGCGAACGGACGGACGCCGCCUGGCUCGCUCGCGAUCGGUUCAUUUACUUGACCAAGUCAGUCGUCGCGACGGUUCUGCCCUAGGAAAUCGUCUCAAUUUAACGCGAACUGGAGUUUAGUUUCGGUUUCUGUUUCUUUUUUAUGUUUAUUGUGUGUGAUUGCCGCCGAAGCCAAAUCAAAACAAAUUGAGCCCUCCUCCUCAACCGCCUCGCUAACCAGUUUUAUUUUUUGUGGUUAUUACCAAGAAGUUGCAAAAGCUCUUCCAUAAUGAGACGUCGGAAAGCGCUCAUCUGCUGGGCUGCUCUGCAGGCGGGCAGCUCCAUCCUUACCUGCCUGCUCCUCCUACUAACCACUGGCCAGCAUCCGCAUCAGGUGGCUGGUGGGAUUGUUCCUCCUCCCUGGAGUGAUCCCGCUAAGAAUCCUUGUGCCAGCAUGGCCGGUGGCUGGCAGCUUUUGUAUUGGACUCCUCUAAAAAAGUGCUUUAAGAUCUUUACUCUUGGCUAUCCUUGUCCGGAAACCAUGGAGCUAAGUCCCACGGCAGUGAGUGCGAAAAGAAAGGAUCUACCAGCUGCCGAGUGCCGUUGUCCACCGGGAACAGCCCUAAGUCCUUUGAACCAGAAUGUCUGCUAUAAGUUGUAUGAGCGAGGACCCUGCCAGCCGGAGGAGUACUUCCAGCCCAUGCCGGAGCAGGUCAAGAGAUCUGGCAAUCGUUGGGGCACUUGCAAGCGACCCCUGCACUGCCCGGAGAAUAUGGUGUUCUGGCCUAGAGACAACAAGUGCUAUGGCCGUCACUCCAAGGGACCCUGUAGCCGAGGCAAACUGCUCGUCCGAAACGAGGAUGGACUGGCCGAGUGUCGCUGUGAGAAUGAGGGCGAGUUGUCUACGUUCUAUUACCCAGCGGAGGAGUCCUGUUACGAGCACUACACCAAAGGACCCUGCUCCACGCCGGGUCAUAUAUUCUUGCCCGGCGGCCGCUGUGAUUGUCAGCGACAUUUGCCGCACUAUCAUGCUCCACAGCAAAUGUGCUACGAGCUGGACACUCCUGGUCCCUGUCCACCCGGUCACAUCUUCCGCAUACCCGAUGAGGUUAUUCAGGAGGAGGCUGGAGGCAGCUCUUCCCUCCAGCUUUUACCACGUGGCCAAUGCCAGUGCAAAGAGGGCUAUGUGCCCUGGAGCGAUGGCAUCUGCUAUCGCCUGUAUACUAGAGGUCCCUGUGGCCCUAAUGAGUUCCUGGUCAAUGGCACCAGUUGUGUGCGCAACUUUUGUGGCAAGAAUCGUCUGUAUUUCCCAGCGGAAGACUCUUGCUACAGGAUAGGAUCUCAGGGUCCCUGUGCUCUGCACCAGGUGGUCAUCUUUGACUUUACUGCCCGGCCAUCCAUCGAUGGCAUCUCCUACAAUGGCAUGUGUGGUUGCUCCGGCGUCCUCACCAAUCUAGAUCAGCAGUGUUCCGGCGAGAACGGGGACAAAGAGCUGAACAUAUGCGAGUCCACGCCGGGAAUGGUGGAGAUCAAUGGACAGUGCCACAAGCUGUAUAGUCGUGGACCCUGCGGUGCUGGUCAGUGGCUGGAGCCACUAAAAACUCAGACAGCAAAUGGCACAAAGACGGGCAUCUUGGCCCAUGCUAGUCGGGCCAAGUGCGUCUGCCGCCCGGGCUAUACGCCUUCGGAUCAGACGGCAGCAGCAGGGGAUCAGCGUGGCAUGAGCAACUGCAGCGCUCCGAGUGUCAGCCUGGCGAGGUAUUUAACCAACGAGCGACUCAACUCAAAGUUUCUCAAUGAUCUGCACUUUGGUGGGGCCUUCUAGGAAGUUAUCUUCAAGCUAUUCUGUGUCUUCUGAUUGAGAUGGAUCCUUCCUCCCUCUGUCAUCCUACGCAUGCCUCCCUCUCCCCCUGACUACUUCAAAGAAUCUCUUUUUUUUUUUCUGAUAAUUCUGUGUUGCAUGCUGUGUUUAUGUGUUAUUUUUGUUUGAUCUACCCAAAGAUCACUUGUUAUUCCAUUUUAACCAUUUUGUUAAUUCUCUUCUAGGUGGUUUUUAGAGAUAUUCGGUUAACGUGAGUUCCGUAAGGAAGAGAUUGAUUGUGCCA